AAGAAUUUUUCUUAAAAGCAAGUAGUCUUUUAAAUUAUAAUAUAAGAUAUAUUCGACAGGGGCGUUGCCGUGUCAACGUAAGAACAAAGUAUGGCAAGGUGCCGCACAAACUGCAUUGAAAAACAGUUAGCAGCCGUUUUUCAGACAGUCGGAGGUUUCAUAGGCAGACACCCGUUGUGGUUUUUCGUGACACCGCUGCUGGUCUCCGCUGCGCUUGGAAGCGGUUUUAUGUUUUUGAAAGAGAGAGAAGCGAAUGACAUCGAAGAUCAGUUUACACCUGUGGAUGGGCCGGCGAAGAAGGAGCGACAGUUUGUCCAGGAUCAAUUCCCCUUCAAUGACUCUGAGUUCUCUCGACUGCGGAUGCACAAUGAGGGAACUUACGCGUCGCUGAUAGCCGUUUCAAGAUCGGAAAACAUUCUGACAGAGCAUGCGUUUGAAGAAAUAAUACGUUUAGAUAAAGAAGUGAAAGCGCUUAAUGUAGUUGUGGGGGAUGAACGGGUUACUUAUUCAAGUCUCUGCGCCACUACAAACGGAAAGUGCGUAACAAACGCAGUGUUAGACAUCAUUAACUAUACCGCCAGCGAGAUUACCAAAGUUAACAUAACGUUACCCGUUACUUUAUUCAACCGAAAGUUUGUCUUUCUGGGGUCACAAGUGGGCGGGGUGGAGCUGAACUCUACCCGAAAACUAAAUGCCAAGGCCAUCCGUCUUCAUUAUUUUUUAAGAGAAAACGAAACUGCCUCGAAAUUGUGGCUUGAUGCCUUCAUCAAAACGUUCGCCAACGAGACUACACAUGGAUUGAACGAGGUUUCUGUGUCAUAUUUCACGUCAGUAUCAAGACAGGAGGAAUUUAAGGGCAAUACAAAGUCAGUGAUUCCCUUUUUUUCAAUCACUUAUUUUCUCGCCAUCAACUUUUCAAUCCUGUCCUGCUUGAGGCUGGACUGCGUGAGGAACAAGGUGUGGGUGGCUACAGUAGGUGUCCUCUCUGCAGGCCUGGCUGUGCUGUCAAGUUUUGGACUGCUGCUGCACUGUGGAAUACCGUUUUCCAUGACUGCGGCAAGCUCACCCUUCUUAAUACUGGGGAUCGGUGUGGACGACAUGUUCAUACUCAUCUCCUGCUGGCAGCAGACUAACGUGCACGACAGAGUUAAGGACCGCCUGGCGGACACCUACAAGGAAGCGGCCGUCUCCAUCACCAUCACCACGCUGACGGACGCCUUGGCCUUCUACAUCGGGGUCAUGACCCCCUUCCGCUCGGUGCAGUCUUUCUGCCUCUACACCGGCACGGCUGUCGUCUUCUGCUAUAUCUACAGCAUCACGUUCUUCGGUGCGUUUCUGGCUCUGAACGGAAGGAGGGAGGAGAGCAACAGGCACUGGCUGACCUGCAUGAAGGUCCCGGUGGAAUGCCCCCCAGAGCGUUCCGGAGGGUACCGUGCCUGCUGUGUGGGAGGGGCCUAUGAUCAUGACACAGGAAAGGAGGAAGCCAUGCCAGUUCAGCUCUUCUUUAGAAAAUACUAUGGGCCAUUUCUUACCCAGAAGUGGACCAAAGCUUUUGUUAUGUUGCUCUAUGCCGGGUACUUAGCUGUUGGUAUUUAUGGCUGUUUUCAGAUUCAGGAAGGAAUAGACCUCAGAAAUUUGGCCACUGAUGACUCUUAUGUCAGACCCUAUUAUGAUGAUGAAAAGAAGUAUUUUUCAGUUUAUGGUCCCAAUGUCAUGGUAGUUGUGAAAGACAAAUUUUCAUAUUGGGAUGAAAAGGAACGGCAAAAACUGGACUCGUGUAUAGAAAAUUUUAAAAGUUUACCGUUUAUUGACAAAGAUUUAAUUACGGCAUGGUUCCAUGAAUAUGACAGGUUUGGAAAACGAGCAGGCUUGAAUUUAUCUGAUGAGAACACGUUCAAGGAAAGGUUAAUACCGUUUCUCACAUUAUCAGACUUUAAGCAAGAUGUGAACUUGACCAGCAAUAAAACAUACGCUUCUCGGUUUUUCAUCCAGACAAUAAACAUUACGACGGCAGUUGAUGAAAAGAACAUGUUGAAUGAACUUAGAGAGACAGCCAUUGGGUGUCCAGUUCCUUUGCUGGUUUAUCACCCUGCAUUUAUCUACUAUGAUCAAUAUGCAGUUAUAGUCAGAAACACCAUUCAGAACAUACUGGUGGCCACAGGUGCGAUGCUGGUUAUUUCCCUCUUGUUGAUUCCGAGCCUUAUUUGCUCUCUGUGGGUGACGUUCGCCAUCGCCUCCGUAAUCGUUGGUGUGGCUGGUUUCAUGGCACUGUGGGAGGUGAACCUCGACUCCAUAUCGAUGAUCAAUCUCGUCAUCUGCAUUGGCUUCUCGGUGGACUUCUCUGCGCACAUCUCCUAUGCCUUUGUCUCGAGUAAAGAACGUACCGCUAAUGAGAAGGCCAUUGAUUCUCUCUUUACCCUGGGCUACCCCAUUGUGCAGGGGGCUGUUUCCACCAUACUGGGGGUGGUGGUGCUGUCUGCAGCAAAGAGCUACAUCUUCAGAACCUUCUUCAAGAUCAUGCUCCUGGUCAUUUCGUUCGGGCUGGCUCACGGCAUCGCGUUCAUUCCGGUGUUCCUUACUUUGUGCGAAAUGUGCCAGUCCGCUAAAGUGCAGAAUCGAGGUAAAGCUUCGGAGGACGAAAUUACAAUGAUGGGCUUCUCGAACAGUGAAAGCUUGGCUACUAAGUAAGUUGGCCCGAUGCGCAUAACAAGUUAGGUUUUACCAAGCAGGACAACGUCAACACACUGAAACAUGACCAGCCUUGCUUUUCCUACUGAGUGCACUGCCCAGGCCCCUUUCACUGAGUUUAUGCUGUAUUGUCUGUAAUAGCCAGCAGAAGAUCGA